CGUAACGUUCGACUGAAUCAAAAAUCGAAAGUCCAUCAUGACCACCAAGCGCGUAAACAUAACCGCCCAAAGCGGCAACACCACCCGCUGAACGAUACUUCAUCAUGGGGGCCACCUGGAGAAAGAGUUAUGAAGGAACUUUAAUUCGCCGAAAUGAAAUUAAGUGAUGUAGUGCCCAGAAGCUGUCGUGUAUGCUUGACGCGUACUCCUAAGUUACGAUCCUUAUAUCAGCCAUUGGAUGAAGGCGAAGAACCGCCAAAUGAAAUGUUGCGUUUAAUUGCGGGCAUAACGUUGGAAGAGGCGGAUAUCUUUGAAACAUUGCCGAAAUGCAUUUGCAGAAAUUGCGAAUUGUCACUAAGUUUGGCCUAUCAGUUUCGCAUUAAAGUUCUACAUACACAUCAAAUUAUAGAAGCCUAUCGGAAGCAAGUUUGUAGUGCUAACGACAACGAAGGAAAAGCAAAUCAAUCUCUUCACACUUCUGUAAAAGUUGAAUUCGAAGACAUGGACAACGAAAUCGAGGCCACGGAAGAGGUGUAUCUCCAUGAAGAAAGUAUAAAUAAUGGUAAAGAGAUGAAAGUCGAAAUGUUGGAAAUGUCAUUUUCUGACAUCGAUGAGAUUAACGUGGACAAUGAAGAAGAACAGCAAAUGCUUGAAUUAAAUGAAGAUGAAUGCAAACCAGAAUAUUUGGAAGAAUUCUACAACGAAAGUAACAUUGAAGCCAGCAUUUCAGAAACAGAGUUACAACUGCAGGAAGAAAACCAGCACAAUAAUGCAGAAUCGGAUGACACCAAAACGGAAGAAUUAUAUCCCACAAAGAAUACAACAACCACUACGAAUAAAUCAAAUGAAGAAUGUGAUAAAAAAGUAAACUCUCAACUGUGUACAAAUGGCGAUAGUGAAGUUAAAAAGCCAGCCAAAAAGAGUUAUUAUAAGAAAAAGAUUAAAACCAACGAUAAUAAAGCGCACAUAUGUGAUAUUUGUGGCAAUAUUUAUGCGAAACGUGGACGCAUGAUGGAGCAUAGACGUAGACACGACAAAGAGUUGCGUUACGCUUGCGAACUCUGCGAUAAACGUUUUCACCUGCGCGAGAAGUUACGUAAACAUAUGUAUAUACAUAAAGGUGGCAAGCCCUUUAAAUGUUCCUUCUGCAGUAGAACCUUUUUCUAUGAAAGUGUGAGGAAAGCACAUGAAGCCAUACACAGCGGCCUCAAACCAUACGUUUGCGAUGUGUGCAAUAAAGCCUUCGCAUAUGCCCAUGCGCUUGGUAAACAUAAACUAAUACAUGCUGAUGUUAAAUUGUAUCACUGUGAUUAUUGUGACAAGGAUUUUCGCUUACAACAUCACAUGAAACAGCAUAUCGAGACAAAGUUGCAUCAAAAUGCCGUACGUGCUUUAGGCAAGGGGGUUGAAGAAUGUGUUCAAGAAAGAUAUCAGGGAGAAGGAUAUGAGGACAAAAAAAUUACAUAUGGAGAAGAUGGAUUUGAUGGAGAACAAUAUGUUAUAGACACGACACAAGAAAAUCUGCAUCAAUUAGUCGAUAAUAUAAUUAAUUAGUUUAAAGAAUUUUAGAGAUGUACUUUUAUUUAUAUGAGCAGUCUUAACACUAGAAAUAGAUAUAAUAUAUAUUUCAACCAACAUCAA